AGCUCCUGAAUUAUUCAUACGCCUGGGCCAACGCUGCGAUCGGACUGGCUGGGACAUUAACAUGCAGCGGACACUCUGUUUGUCUGUUUGCUAACAUUCCUCAUUCAAAGACUUGUUAACUGCAAGACGGACCGACACACGCGUCUCGGGUUGCUAUUGUGGCCAGAGCCCAGUCGUCCCGGACCAAGGGACCGCAGGCAGACGGGUAGCCGAGCGCUGGAGACACGCAGCUGGGGUGGGAGGAUUGGCUUGGCCCCCCGGCCUACCUCCUUCGGUCCUUGUGCCUGCUGUGGAAAGCUCACUGCCUCUUCUUCUCCUUCUCUCUCUGUCUCUCUCUCUCUCACUCUCCUUCAACACAGGGCUGGUGAAGUGAGUAGAAAAGGCCUUCAGCACUUGUCCUGGAAUGUUUCUAUCUACAGGCACAUGUCAAUGUUAUCGGAUGGCAAACCCAGAAGGUGACUGUCUACCUUUGUCAUGUUGGUGACCUUGAUGAUUUUGAAGGAUCCCUGACUGAAGCUUUGGAGAUAGAGACUGAUGAAUGAUUCAAAGCUUGCCGUGGUCCAGCGCCAUGGUAGACAUGCCGAGCCUGUACAGUCCCUUGUCCCCGCUGGGCGAUCCAAUUCUGGACAGCCCUCUGUGUGGAGAGCUCAUUGGUGACAUGGAGGUGCUGGAGGACAUCUCACAGUCCCUCAGUGACGAUACCUUCAACUCCCUUCACGUGCUGGACUACCAGAGCAACAGCACAGCAGCAGACAGCUCAACUGGCUUAGAUGUCUUAACACCAGCGUCUAGUCCAUCCUCAGAAGUGUUUGCGUCCAGCACGGUUCAGGAUGAGAACUCCUCUGGUUCUCUGGCCCUUGAGUGUCGCGUCUGCGCCGACCGGGCCUCUGGUUUCCACUACGGAGUGCACGCCUGCGAAGGGUGCAAGGGGUUCUUCAGGAGAACCAUUCGACUCAAACUGGAGUACGACAAGUGCGAACGCAACUGCAAGAUCCAGAAAAAGAACCGCAACAAAUGUCAAUACUGCCGUUUCCGCAAGUGCCUUGCAGUGGGCAUGUCCCACAACGCUAUCCGUUUUGGGCGGAUACCCCAAUCUGAGAAGCAGAGGCUGAAAGCAGAGCAGGACGUCGGCGGGAAAGAGCAGCACGAGUCCCAGCAGCCGGACACAAAGAGUCUGGCCAGACAGAUGCAUGAAGCCUACCUCAAACACUUCCACAUGAACAAAGCCAAAGCACGCGUGUUUCUCACGGGCAAGACCAGCACUCCGCCCUUCGUCAUCCACGACAUGGACACUCUCCAGCAUGCCGAGCGGAAACUACUCACCCAGCUGCUGGGCAACGUGGCAUCCGGAGACGUCUCCACUCUGCAGGAGAGAGAAGUGGAGGCUCGGAUCUUCCUGUUCUGCCAGUACGCCUCGGUGGCGACGGUCACGGAGGUGACGGAGUUCGCCAAGGCCGUGCCUGGCUUCGCCACCCUGGACCUCAACGACCAGGUGACUCUGCUGAAAUACGGCGUGUACGAGGCGCUCUUCGCCCUGCUGGCCUCCUGCAUGAACAAAGACGGGCUGCUGGUGGCUCGCGGUGGAGGCUUCAUCACCCGCGAAUUUCUGAAGAGCCUGCGCAAGCCCUUCAGCGACAUGAUGGAGCCGAAAUUUCAGUUCGCCAUGAGAUUCAAUGCCCUAGAGCUCGACGACAGCGACCUGGCACUGUUUGUGGCCGCCAUCAUCUGCUGCGGAGACCGUCCAGGACUGAGCGACGCGUCGCAGAUCGAGCGCAUCCAGGAGAGCAUCAUCCACGCCCUGCGGCUCCACCUGUUGUCCAACCACCCCGACAACGCCUUACUCUUUCCUAAGCUGCUGCAGAAAUUGGCCGACCUGCGGCAGCUGGUGACGGAGCACGCGGAGUUGGUCCAGGAGAUCAACAAGACGGAGGACGCUUCACUCCACCCACUUCCAGGAGAUCUACAGGGACAUGUACUGACUUCGAAACGUCACCGUUCUCAGCAUACUCGAGAGAUCCCUCUGAGUUCGGGACAGGAGAUAAAGGACGCUCAGCUCAGAGGGGGAAAAAAGCCCAGCGGGAACAUCUUUACGGUGCGCACCUGCUAUCGCAUCAAGCACUGGCGGGACAUUAUAGGGAAAAACCGGUGUAAUUCUAGGCACUAACCUUUAAUCGGGCACAUACCUUUAUAAGGUCAUUGCCUAUAGUCCCGUAGAAAAGUGCUAUAGAUGCUUUUGUAAAUUUGCCAAAAAGUGGAUUACAGGUGCAGUAAAUAGAUGGCACUCAUAAUAUACGCAUUGGCUCGCUGUAAACUGGCAGUAGACCAUUAAAGUGCCAUAUUUAGCUUCACAAGCAUGUGUUUAUAGUGCGAGAGCAUAGUUGCCUUGUAUUGUUUUUGAUAAAUGUGGCCACACAGAGAUGAUGCACUGCUGCUCUCCUUCUAUGUAGUUUGAAGGGCGGGGCUUUGGAGAUUACAAGGGGCGUGGCUACCGAUCGGUCGACCUAGCUCUGCACUUUUAAACUCGAGCCGCCUCUGCCAAAUAAGCACCAGCAGUCAAGAUUUAGGACCUGGAAAAUAUAUAUAGUUGACUAUCCUGAAUAAGGGGUGAUUUUUAAUAUGUUUAAAUGCCAGAAUGAAAUGUAUAGAGAGAGAGCCAUAUAAAUCAGAUUGUUUGUUACCUCAUUUCAAAUGCUUGUACAUUGAACAUCAUUUGUAAAAUCUUUUGUAUAAAAAUAUUAUUGUACACUGUAUAGCACUCCAACUGUAAUUUUAUUGUACAAAUGUGUUAUGUGUUCUGACUUAUUACCUGUAUUUGAUUGGUAAAUUAUUGUUUUACUGAGGUUUUUUUUUUUUUUUUUAAAGAAAAAUUAAUUUUCGUAUUUUGAGCAAAAUCUACGAGUUGACGAUCCAUAAGACUUGAUCAGAAAGUGCGUUGUAGACUGUUGCAAUUUUUAAUGAAUCAUUUCAUCUUUAGUUGUGGCUUUUGGGUGCGUAAUUACUGACUGAUCUCAUCUGGUGUUUGUAGUUUGAAUUGAAAUCUAAUGUAAAUGAAAAAUGUUUCUAAAAACAGCCUGAAAUGA